AUGAGGACCUUCCUGGUGCUGCUGCUGCUGGCUGUUGUGUGUGCUUCUCUGGCCCGGGCCCUGCACUGCCAUGUGUGCUGUGGGCACGAGAACUGCGAGUCUCUCGUGGAGUGCGCCUUGACGGACAAGUUCUGUGUGAUCACUCGGGCCACCAACCCUGGUGGCAUCCUGGUCAUGAAGUCCUGCGCGCCAACCUGCCCCAACAGCACUGUGUCUUCCGACGGCCGUGCCUUAUCUGUCUUCUGUUGUGAGGGCAACCAGUGCAACCGUAGCGCUGCUUCAGGCCUGACCAGCCUUGGGGCCCUGUGGGUCAGUGCCUCUGUCAGCCUACUGUGGGCGCUGCUUCGAGCUGUCUGCCUCAGCAGCGUCCUACACCCACCCAGCCAGGCUGUUAAUCUCUCUUCCCAUUUCCCCCAAGACAUAUGCAGUCUUCCCUUCUCCCACAGAGAGGAAGUAGCAGCACCUGCCCCCAAAGGUUCCAGCUCUCCUCCUGACUCAGGGAAUCCUCCAACAGGGAACAAGGGCACACCUUCCCAAGACCCCCCCCUCCACUUCUAUGAGACCUCAGUCCUUAGCUGA